AUGGGAGAUAUGGCAAUCACCGAGGACAUGCUCAAGAACAUCAUCGCCCCCGUCUUUGUUGCUUCAGCCGAGGAUGAUAGCGUCGCCCCGGGUCAGACGGAGGAAAUUGCACGUCUUCUUGGCGACCAGGCAACUUAUCAUCUUUUCCAAACAAAGCUUGGGGCUGGAGAGCACUGCCGUCUCGGUGCAGAGCCUCGGCUUGCUAUGAUAACAAUGGAAUGGCUACAGGGAGUGUUUGAGAAGGCGAAAGCUUGA